UCAAAUGUCCACACGGGUAGCACCCGAGACACGAGAACUGAGCAUGCGUAAAGCACUUGGCUUGAUAGCGUUUUCUUUAAGCAGUCAACAUUAGAAUGCAGUUUAAACCACCUCCGAGCGGAUUUGUGAAAUGCGCACUAGUGCGCCCAAAGUCGUUUUCCAGUGCUGUAUCUCCAUUAUUUCUUAAUGUGCAUCGGUUCUUUGGUAUUAAUAUAUCUUCUGGAAAAAGGUUUGGAAAUAGGUGUCUCCAUAAUGACAAUCUAAAUAGUCUACCAACAACUGGUAAAAAAGUUGUCACAACGUGCACGCGGUGCUGCCCGCUCCUCUCGCUCACGUGACUUAGCCAAUAACUGCAGAUCUCUCUCAAAACACACACACCCCUCCGGCCCUCCCAACAUUUACACGAGAACAUGGCAACGCCGAGUGCAUGCGCGCGCACACAAAUUAUACAGUGCAGAUGGCUUGACCCAUAUUUUCUGUUUGCAAUAUUAAUUGACCGCUCACCCAAUCCACUGAGAAGACGUCAACUCCCAUCCCCCGCCCCUUAGCAACAGAAGCAAGAUGGCGGCGCCCAGUAACGCUGAUCAUUCUCCAGAGAUAUCGACGCCUUUAAAGAUACCGAAAACAGAAGUGCCAUCACCAGAAUCAGAAGAUUUGAGCGACAGCAACCAAUAUCAUUCCAAUCCCUCCACACCUAAUCGAUUCUCGCCUCUCAACGUAGGUUUGUCGAUUUCUGGGAGCGCAGGCCGAAGUGGAUCGGCCUGUGCAUCAAAUAGCUUCACCGCUUGCCGAGGGAUGUCGUGGACCCCAUCAGAAACAAACGCCCUUAUUGCGGUAUGGGGGAAUGAAAGACUGACAGAGGCACGAAUGCAGCAGCUGGAGGUUGCAGGCACCGUUUUCUCUGGAAAGGCUCCUGGUCCCGCAAUGUACGAGCGGGUCUCACGAGCCCUAGCAGAGCUCGGCUACGAAAGGACCCCAUCCCAAUGCAGGGAAAGGAUGAAGACGCUGCGACGGUGCUACAGCCGAGUGAAGGAGCACGGUGUCGGCAAGAGGAAGAGCAGCUACUCCAUCGAGCAGCUGGAAAAGGUGUUUGGCCAGGGAGGCUGGGACUCCCAGAUGUGUGCCCCCGUCCUCAUCAACAGCAGUGGCCUGUACCAGGAGAUGGAGUCUGACGGCAGCACCAUGGAGGAUUUCUCCCAGGAAGACUGGUGCAACCAGGUGCUGGCCUCGGCCUUCCAGGAGGGAGAGAUGGAAACUGAGGAAACACAGCCACCAAAGAAUGCCAGAGUCCUGCAGCUGCGACCUGAGCCUUCGGAGCAAGUCCAGAAACAGGAAGUGAUGCUGAACGUGGUGCGUAUCCUGGAGUCGGUGCAGGUGAAGUGGGAGCACUUUCAGACGUGGACCGACUUCUCCCGGCUACACCUUUCCAACAAGCUGGCCAUUUUUGGCGUGGGCUACAACACGCGCUGGCGUGAGGACAUCCGCUAUCACUACGCAGAGAUCAGCUCCCAGGUGCCCCUUGGCAAGCGGCUGCGCGAGUACUUCAACCCAGAGAAGGCAGAGGGCCGUGUCAUCAUGACCAAAGUACAGAAGAUGAACUGGAAGAACGUGUAUUAUAAGUUCCUGGACAUCACCAUUAGCGAAGCACGCUGCCUGGAACUGCACAUGGAGGUGGACUGGAUCCCCAUAGCCCAGGCCAGGGUGACGGGCUGUAGCAACGGGACCUCCAAGUAUCUCCUACCGGGGGGUAUCCCCAAGACUUACGGCCUGUACGCCAUAGGCUACGAGGACGUGGUGGCGGAGUUGCACUACGCAGGGGAGGAUGAGGCUCCAGCCUCUCCACUGCAACACCAAGACACUGACCAGAGCUUGCCUCUCUCUGGGUCGUCGGGCUCCGGCGGGCCCGGGUCCGAGAGUGUGGUGAGGCCGGGGGGACGAGCGGGGGAGGGGGAGAGGACUGGGGCCAAAGUGACCUACUGCUACCUGGGCAUCGCAGAGGAGAGGACCUUACAGCAGUGUCUGUUCCAGCACUUUCAGAGCUCAGGCAAGCACUACAGCCGCAGGGAGAUCUCGGCCGUAACAUGCUUCCUCCAGGGGAAUUGCACCGGCCAGCAGACCAGGGAAGAGGGCCUCUCCUUGGGCCCUGAACAUUCGGCCAUAUACAUUAAAUUUAUUGAGGUGGAGCUAGAUUUCCUCUCUGCUGGCUCACUGUUGGAAUGUCUAGAAAUUGCAGUUGGUUACUCUUUAAAGUACAACAACAAAGAGGCGUUGUAACGCUUGUUGUUUUGACUCCCAUUAACUGAAGGAUUGAACGGGGGCCAGAGGGACAUGCAAUAUCUCUUUCCCCCAAUUUAACUGCAGACCUGAGUUCAAAUGCUAUUUGAAAUCAUUUAAAAUACUUCGGCUGGGCUUGAUUGAGCUUGCCUUGGUCAAUGGAACCAAAAGAAGAGUCACAAAACUGUUAACCCCAGCUGACACAUUCGGCAGGCAAUAGCAAACACAAAAGAAUAUUUGAAAUAGUGUUUGAACCCCGGUCUGUGUACAUGCUGUCUUAUCAGGGGAUGUGAGAGGGGAAUGGCUACUGCUGAAUGCAUUUCCCUACAUUGAGGAUAUAGCAGUGGACAUGCAGUAUAUUUGUCACAAGAAGAUGGUGUGCACUUGUUUUAAAACUGCCUUUACAUUUCUUUGAAUUUGGAUGUCUAUCGUCAGGUCUAAGGUGCCAGAAAAAGAUCCCGGGAUAAAGAUCAUGUAAGGAACUUGAUCCAAUUCUAAUAGAGGACCUAGAGGGGCAAUAUGAAUGAAGAUAUUGAAUCUAUCUCUAUUUAGAAAUAUAUAUUUAAGAAUAUAUAUUGAUGUUGUCAAGCAUUCCAGCAUUUAUUAACAUUAUGAAUUUCAAAGAAGUAUGUUAAUGUUUUGAUAUAUAUUAUUGGUUAACCAGUGUCUUUGUGUAUUUUUGUUUCCAGGUCACAGUCUUGUGUUUACAUGUUUUGAAAUUAAAUAAUAAACAGGGCACAGACCGUCAUUUGCCACUCAUUGAAUA